CCCCUAGUCACGCCCUGACCUACUCUACCAUAGAAAAUACAGGCUUUCUAUGGUCAGGACGUGACAGUCUUUCUGUCUGUCUCUCCCUCUGUUUGAGUUGCACGGUUACUACGGUGAUGUUUGCUUCUGCUUUUGAAAACUCAUAAUAAUACUCAUAAUGCUGUCGUGCCCUUGAUUGCACUAAGUAUCCAUCUGUUCAAAUAUGAAUUGACUCAAAUAUCAAUGUGUAACUGCAGGUACUGCUCCACCCACCCAGGAGGGCCCCAGAGGGUGCCUCUCGAGGCCGCUGACGGGGCUCUGAAAUCGGGUUGGUCUCGUCGAGAGGUCCUGGAGGACUACUACGAGCGCUGGGUGCGUCUGUCUCCUCACGUCCUGGGGCACAGCAAGGCCCACGUGGCCAAACUGGUCGGGGAGCUGGUCAGAGCCGGACGUGCCACUGGAGGUAUCCCAGAGUCCUCUCUGGCGUUCCGGGGAGACUUCCUGCAGGUGGGCAGUUCAUACGAGGAGCACAAGGUGGGCGCUCCAGAUUACUAUGAUAUCCUGGUACCUCUGAAGAUUCCCCGAGAACUGAAAUUGGAGCCACGAGUAUACAGAGGGGAGAGGAGGGGGGAGGAGAAGAAGGACGAGAGAGGAGAGGAGAAGGGGGAGGGCAAGAGUGAUGUGAGGGGUGAGGAGAAAAAAGAGAAGGGGGACACGAGAGCUGAGGAAAAUAACAAGAGGGUGGAGGUUAAAGAGAACUGGAGAAAGUCAGGGAAAGGGGAGGGCAAGGGAGAUGUGAGGGAGCAGAGGGGGGAGGUUAAAGAGAACGGGAGAAAUUCAGGGAAAGGGGAGGGCAAGGGGGACGUGAGGGAGGAGAGGGAGGAGGUUAAAGAGAACGGGAGAAAGUCGGGGAAGGGGGAGGGCAAGGGGGAUGUGAGGGAGGAGAGGGGGGAGGUUAAAGAGAACGGGAGAAAGUCAGGGAAGGGGGAGGGCAAGGGGGAUGUGAGGGAGGAGAGGGGGGAGGUUAAAGAGAACGGGAGAAAGAGGAUGUGA